AUGUCCUUCUCCAGCCAGCUCAGCUCUCGCUGCUCCGCGCCCUGCGCCGUGUCCUGUCCCCAGCCCUGCGCGGACGCCUGGAACCAGCCCUGUGUCACCUCCUGCGGGGACUCCCGGGCUGUCAUCCACCCUCCGCCCGUGGUCAUCACCUUCCCGGGGCCCAUCCUCAGCUCCUGCCCGCAGGAGAGCAUCGUGGGCUCCGCGUUCCCAGUGGGAAUGGAGCGCCCCGCGGGCCUGCAGGGCUCCCUGCUCUAUGGAGGCUUCCUCUCCUCCAGGAGCGCCUGGAGCCAGCGCUCCGGGGGCUGCGGGCCCUGCUGA